CAUUGGAUGCAAGAUCUUCGGGUUCUUCAGUUGUGAUACUUUCUUCCACAUUAUUUUCCACAUUUUUGAGGAAUUCAAAUUUUCUGCGAUGAAUGAGACAUUAACACCUAGGAGAAGUCCUAAGAUUCAAAAACCUCAUUCAACUGAGGGUUCAAGCUUAAUUCAAUCAGUCAUUGUUGUUAAUACAGGUCAGAAAACCCCUGUUAUGAAAACAAGAACACAAGGUCUAAGUAACAUUAGUCCUGUUAAUGUUGGUUAUAGUACUUCUCUGCUGUUUGGCACUGAGUUGAAUGCAGAUAUCCCAUCAUUCAAUUUAGGGAUUUCUCAAGAAGACCCUGCCCUUGUCAAACCUACAAAUAACUUAGAACCUGACCUAAUAAAGAACAGUGAUAUCAAACCUCCAGAUAACUUGCAACCUGACACAGGGAAUAACACUGAAGCUAAACGUCAGCCAAAGAAAAAAUCAAUUGCGAAAAAACGUGUUGGAUUUGCACAUUUGAACUCUAAAAAGAGAAAAGUAGAUGUUAACACAAAACAAAAAGAAAUCAUUGAUGAUGACGAUGACGAUUUUGUGGAUGAGGUACCUAUUCGAAGGUCAACGUCUAAGGUUAAAUUUGGCAAGAAGAAACAUAAGAGGAACUGACUUUCAAAAAAUGACACCACUGUGGAUGACUUUGACAAGGUUUAGUCUAAUGUUUUCUGUUUAAGUAUGUAAUUGUUUUUACAGUCCUUAU